AACAGUGACCAAAGGCAAUAGCGUUAAUAAACGGCAACUGAGUGGCAACUGUUCACUCUCCCAGCAAUGUUGAAUAACUUUAAAAACCGCUUUAUAUCGGCCAUAGAGCCAGAUCUGAGCUCUGCCGAUCUGUUGCCAGACAAGUUUCCCUAUGGGCGGCCUCCAUUCUUACAGCUGCUCACUGCCGACGAGUUACGUGCCUCUGCUAAUCAUAAUGUUCGACCGAUUAUUGUACCUCGCGACUUAAACCUAUUGCCCUGGGGUACUGGAUAUGCCGAGUGCAUAAACUCUGGCAAAUCAAAGUGGAAUGAGGAUCAAGCUGCCUUCUGUCGGCAAGUCCUUACGGAUCCAGAAAAGAAGUAUCCCGAUCUGCCCUAUACGUAUUUUGGAAUAUUCGAUGGCCAUGCUGGAUAUGGGGCCGCAUUGGCCGCCUCUCAUCAAUUUCAUGAUAUACUACACGAGAUGCUGGUGGACUGCAGCGAGCUGCUGCUGCCACGCGAUCAGGUGAACGACAACAGCAAAUCUCAUGAAAAUCCGACAUUUCCGCAUCCGACAUACUUUCAACGGCGGGUCAGUAGGGAUGAACUUAUUAUCGGUGCACUAGAGAGCGCCUUUUUCCAUAUGGAUUGGCUAAUAUCACAAGACAGAAACUACUACAGAGAUGCGGGUGGCUGCACGGCCUGCGUCACACUCUUUAUUGAUGGCAAAAUGUAUGUGGCUAAUGCUGGCGAUAGUCGGGCUGUGCUCUGUCAGAGACGAGCGGGAGCUGGAGUCGCACUUAGCGUUACUCAGUCAACAGCAAACCCCAAUAAAAUUGAGCCGAAUCCGAUGGACGGCGAUAACAGUUACCCGACGGCCUAUUCUGCCGAUCAUACACCGGAAACAGAACGUGAGCGUUUAAUGAACGUAGCGCGCUUGAAGCCCCAGCUAAUGGGGCAACAUUAUGUGGCCAUGGAAUAUGCGAAGCGGCCACACAUUACAGACAUGGGCAAACGUAUAUUAUGUCGCCAGGGUACCAUGAAGGGUUGGACAUACAAGACGCUGACGCGCAAUGAUCUGCGCAUACCUGUGGUUAACGGCGAAGGUAAACGUAGCCGAUUGCUGGGCACGCUGGGCGUAACUCGUGGCUUUGGUGAUCAUGAUUUAUUAGCCAUUAAUACGGGCGUACAAAUAAAACCAUUCCUAACGCCACAUCCCGAUGUGCGACAGCGUGAUCUUAGUCAGGUUGUUAGCAUACCCGAUGAACACAACGAGGAUGGUGAUUAUGGCAUACUCGUAAUGGCUACCGACGGACUCUGGGAUGUGUCUGAAAAUGAUGCCGUCUCACGCAUCGUCUUCCAAAUGUUGUCUCGUUACCCCAGGGAGAAGCAUCGUUACACAAUGGCUGCCCAGGAACUAGUAGCACGUGCCCGUGGAAAAAUCAACGAUUCUGGUCAUUGGCGCUUAGCGGACAGCAAAGCGGCGGCUACAGUCGAUGAUAUUUCAGUUAUUGUGAUUCCUGUUUAUCAGUAUUACAAAGAGCAUAUUGAGUGGACGCACAACGAUACGCGUGAACUUGAGAGACGACGGCGCAAGGCAGCCGAAGACAACAUGGCCCAGGAAGCAGUAAAUGCGUUCAAUGACAUUGCUGCUGAAGAGGCGCAUGUUGUGGAAGAGCGCAGAAAUUUACAACAGCAGCCAGCAAUCGUAAAGACGGAACAGGUUAUAGCGGGGCCGAAGCAAGAACAAGAAAGGCAGAAGCAGGAUCAGCAUGUUCAGUCUGAAUCAGAGGAAACUCUUGUUGAGGAACUAAACGAUAACUCACCACUUCAGGCGCGCCUCGAAAGUGUUAGCGAAACGCUUCAACAAGUACACCUGGAAGCACGUACAAAAGCCAUAUUUGGGGAGAUAACAGCGCCGACAGCAGAAGCAUCAUCAGCUGUAACAACGUCAGCAAAUAAACAACGCAGCAAUCGCAAAGGGAAAGGCAAUAAGCAGUAGAGAGAGAAUGCGAAUAUAUAUAUAUAUAUAUAUAAAUAUA